AUGUCAGAAUUCACACAGACGGAAGAGCUUUCCCUUCCCAAGGCUACUGUGCAAAAAAUAAUCUCAGAGAUUCUCCCAUCAGAAUUCUCUUUCACGAAAGAUGCUAGGGAAUCAUUGAUCGACUGUUGUGUGGAGUUCAUUAUGAUUCUUUCCUCUGAAUCUAAUGAAAUUGCUGAGAAAGAGCUAAAAAAAACAAUUUCAUCUGAUCAUGUAUUGAAGGCGGUAGAAGACCUGGGAUUCCUUGAAUAUUUGAACCCUAUCAGGAAACUACUGGAAGAACACAAAGAGUUGACCAAAAGUAAGGAUAAGAGAAAUAACAAGUUUCAAAAUAGUGGCCUCACAGAAGAAGAACUAUUGAAACAGCAAGAAGAGCUAUUUAGAGCCAGUAGGAAUCGGUUGCAACAGAACCAACACAAACCAGAAUAA